GGGGGCGGUGCGGGGCCGCCCGUCCGGUUCCGGGUCGGCGGAAGAUGGCGGCGCCCAUGGAGCUGUUCUGCUGGGCCGGGGGCUGGGGGCUGCCCUCGGUGGAUCCCGACUGCCUGGCCGUGCUGACCUACGCGCGGUUCACGGGGGCGCCGCUGAAGGUGCACCGGGUCACCCACCCCUGGAGGAGCCCCUCCGGGCACCUGCCCGCGCUGAGGACGCAGGACGAGGGCACCAUCUCCAAAACGCAGCAGAUCAUAACUCACCUCAGGAAACAGAAGUACAACGCCGACUAUGACCUGUCGGCCACGCAGAACGCAGACACGCUGGCCUUCGUGUCCCUGCUGGAGGAGAAGCUGCUGCCGGUGCUGAUCCACACGUUCUGGGUGGAUGCGAAGAACUACGUGGAGCACACGCGGAAAUGGUACGCGGAGACCAUCCCCUUCCCCCUCAACUUCUUCCUGCCCAACUCCAUGCACAAGCGGCACCUGGAGCGGCUGCAGCUCCUGUGGGGCGACGACUACAUGGAGGAUGAGGAGAAGCUGGAGAAGCAGCUCUACCGGGAAGCCCGGGAAUGCCUGACACUCCUCUCCCAGCGCCUCGGCUCCCAGAAGUUUUUCUUCGGAGACUCGCCGGCCUCCCUCGACGCCUUCGUCUUCAGCCGCCUGGCGCCGCUCCUGAAGGCGAAGCUGCCCAACGGGAAACUGCAGCAGCACCUGAAGUCCCUGCAGAACCUGUGCAACUACUGCACCUCCAUCCUCAGCCUCUACUUCCCCUGGGAUGGAGCUGAUCCCUUGGCCGGUGCCCCACGGGCUGCGGGCACGGACAGCGGUGAGGGAGAGGAGGACCCCCACAAACGGCGCAACCAGCUGCUGUCGGUGCUGGUGGGGCUGGUGGCCAUGCUGGGCUACGCCUUCCUGAGCGGCAUCGUGUCCAUCCAGCGCGGCGGCGUGGGGCCGGCCGGCCGGCAGCCCAUCGCCAUGGAGCAGGAGGAAGAGGAGGAGGAGGAGUGAGGAUGAGCUGUGUGACUGUCUCACCCCCCAGCCCCCUGGAACUGACUGUUUUUACACCGGGAGCCUGGCAGCAUCAUUCCCCGUGGGUGCUCCGCUCGUUGUCCCGCCAGGAACCACGGCCCUCAC